AUGGUGUCACCCGUCGCCUGUGCACAGAAGCUGCUGUCUUUCUUCCCUUUCCUGCUGGUUCUGUUUGAUCUCCAAUAUGAAGGGGUGGCAUGUGGGAGUAACGUAGAUGUGGACAAGCAUCUUGAAAUGGGAAAAAAAUUACUAGCAGCUGGCCAGCUUGCAGAUGCCUUAUCUCAUUUUCAUUCAGCUAUCGAUGGAGAUCCAGAUAACUACCUUGCAUAUUACAGAAGAGCCACUGUGUUCCUGGCCAUGGGCAAAUCUAAAGCCGCAAUUCCUGAUUUAAGUCGAGUGAUUGAGCUGAAACCAGACUUCACAUCAGCAAGAUUACAAAGAGGACAGCUUUUUCUGAAGCAAGGAAAAUUGGAUGAAGCAGAAGAGGACUUUAGGAAAGUGCUAAAAUCUAACCCAAGUGAUCAAGAAGAGAAGGAGGCUACCUCUCAGUUGGCAAAGUCUGAUGAAAUUCAACGCAUGCGUUCACAAGGAGAAGCUGCCUAUGAUCAAAAGGAUUACACCACUGCAGAAAGCUUAUUCAACAUUGUUCUGGAGACUUGUGUGUGGGAUGCAGAGAUUCGGGAACUGCGAGCGGAGUGCUACAUCAAUCAGGGAGAGCUUGGAAAAGCCAUCACUGACCUGAAAGCUGCCUCUAAACUAAAGAGUGAUAACACUGGAGCCUUUUACAAAGUCAGCCAUAUAUACUAUGAACUGGGGGACCAUGAAAUGUCACUUAGUGAAAUUCGGGAGUGUUUGAAGCUUGAUCCAGAUCACAAAGAUUGCUUUGCUCACUACAAGCAAGUCAAGAAGCUAAAUAAACAGAUCCAGGCAGCUGAAGAACUCAUACUAGAAGAAAGGUAUGAAGAUGCCAUCACUAAAUAUGGAGCAGUGCUGAAAACAGAACCGAAUGUACCCUUUUAUUCUGCUCUAGUUCAGGAACGUAGAUGUCACUGUUACUCAAAAAAUCAGCAGUCCAAUGAAGCCAUUAGAGAAUGUACAGAAUUCCUGCAAAAGGAGCCCGAGAAUGUAAAUGCUCUGAAGGACAGGGCGGAAGCUUAUAUACAAGAAGAAAUGUAUGAAGAAGCUAUUCGGGACUAUGAAACUGCACAGCAGCACAGUGAUGACAAAGCGAUCAGAGAGGGUCUAGAGAAAGCACAAAGGCUUCUGAAGCAAUCUCAAAAAAGGGACUACUACAAGAUCUUGGGGGUAAAAAGGAAUGCCAAAAAACAGGAAAUCAUAAAAGCUUACAGAAAGCUGGCACAGCAGUGGCAUCCUGAUAACUUCCAAGAUGAGGAGGAGAAAAAGAAAGCAGAGAAAAAAUUCAUUGAUAUUGCUUCUGCUAAAGAAGUCUUAACAGAUCCAGAAAAGAGGAGCAGAUUUGAUGCCGGUGAAGAUCCAUUGGACCCAGAGAGCCAGCAAGGUGGAGGAGGUGCCCACUUUCAUCGUGGAUGGAACCAGUGGCAGGGAUUCAAUCCAUUUGGCUCAGGAGGGCCAUUCGGUUUUAAAUUCAACUUCAACUAG